GUUUCACUUCCGCACUCCGCUGCUGUCUGUAGCAUCUCUAUUAGCCUCCCGGAUGCUACUUCACACAAUUUGAGGGGAAAAGCGCGUUUAUUAUCCAAAACUGGGAAAACGUGCAGCUAAGAAACGUUCAUUUAAAACUCCCGAGUUCAUGUAGACUGACUUUAUUGUGUCUAGAUAACUAAAUGUCAGCUUUAUUUCUUUGUUAAGUGAACCAGGAAGUGGAGGUUAGCGGGAGGAAGCUCUACAUCAUCUACAGCUACAUGUUUAAACUACUGUUAAACUGUAACUAACUAAGACCAACAAAGACACGUGUUUACAGGACAAGAAGGCAUGAAGGUGGUCAACAGUCACGGUGGAGGGCCCUUCCUGGUGUGGACCCUGGUUGUUCAGCUGGUCCUGUGUGGGAGCGGGGUGUACACUGCUGAUGGCACCAAGAGCUGUAAACUGUUAAAUGAGUCUGAGUCAGAGCGGAAAGUCCUCAAUCGACUAGAGCCACUCGCCCAUAAGAACUUUACAGCAGAGACCAAGAAUGGAACGGAGAGUUACACAUAUGUGUUCCAGUUGUGUGGAGACGCAGCCGGUGUUUCAGAAGCUGGGGUUAUUCAGUUCGACAACAAGGCGCCUGAAACUAAACCAACAGUGAUUGGCAGGUAUACUGCAACACAGGCCAUCGGAGGAAGUGACUGGGUGAUGUUGAUCUACACAAACGGCGACAAAUAUGAUGCCCACUGCUCCAUGGAAAUGAGGAAAGCCAUUGUCAUGAUCUCUUGCAACAAGAAAGCGGACGUGCCCCAGAUGAAGGUGGUGCUGGAAGACAGGCAGAGGGUGCAGGACUGUUUCUACCUGAUUGAGCUGGACUCCAGUGCAAUGUGCGAAGUUGUUCCGUCCCAGAUCAGCACUGGGUCCAUAAUACUCAUCAUUGGUGUCUGUCUUCUGGCUGUUUAUCUCAUCGGAGGUUUCCUCUACCAACGACUGAUUGUCGGAGCCAAAGGGGUGGAGCAAUUCCCAAAUUAUGCUUUUUGGGUGGAGGUUGGCAAUCUGUCAGCGGAUGGGUGUGACUUUGUGUGCCGGUCACGAAAUCGUGAGGAUGCCCCGGCGUACAGGGGAGUGGCCACCGCAGAACCUUUAGAAGAAGAGCCAGAGGAGAGAGAUGACCACCUGCUACCUAUGUGACCUCAAUGUGUCAGAAAUGGGACAGAAAUUUUCACUGUGUGACACAGUUUUCUAUUUCACAAGUUGCAGAUUGCCGUUAGACACAAGUCUUGUUUUUCUUGUGCUGGUUUAGGUUAGGACCUGUCGACACUGCGUGUUUUCCAGACUUGUGCCUAGGGCAACUAUUGUGUGAUCUGCUCGUCACUUAGGGGCAUGUUACUCACAGGGCUGAUGGACCUGUCUCAUCUUCCUACCCGAUCUAUAUUAUUCAGCUGUUUCAGGUCAAACAAAUGAGUCAUUUAUCUGAAAUUGCAAAGCCAGUAAAGAGUGACUCGUCUUCCAUGGAAAUCUGGCACAAAAGGGAGAAGUUCAGAAGUUGGAUUUGUACCCGAUUAAAACUUAAUGACACAUUGCUUAUCUUAUUCUGCUUAGCUAAUGAUUGAUUUGAAGUCGGUGCAGGUUGCAGCAAGCUGUUUUACGUGGUCCUGGUUGUGCACUGACGGUUGCAGUUUACAAAACACACAAGUGCUUUUUGCUUGUGUAAUUUGGCUUUAAAUGAAUCUGUCUAUGUUUUUUUGUGUUUUGAAAGUUAGAAAAGUAAUAUGAGAAUGUUUAAUUUUAAGUUCUGUGACUGUGCUUACAGCCUUGCUACACAAGUAGAAAUCACUGCAAAAAACACACAGCUUGUCUGACUUACAUUUUUAGUCGGACAUUUUCCUUUCUCCCACAUUUAAGUGAAAAGCUUCUACGUCAAUGCUAAUAUCUCCCUUUAAAUGUUUAGUAUUGUCAGCUUCCUGACUGAAAUCUGAGCUUGGCAGUUGUGACUAACUAUCCUCUUACAUUUUUAUCAGAAAGGUCAACAAUGCUGUUUAAUUGAUGUGCUAAACGUACAAACUGAAGCAAAGCAUCUAGCUAAAAAACAAGUGAAUCUCAAAUGACUCAUUUUUGCUUAUAAAUGCUACUAUACAGUAAUAGGCAAAGAUUUAUAUAUGAAUUCUGCUAUUCAUGAGUUAUGAUAUCAAAAAUAUGGUGUAUAUAUGUAGUAUAUGUACUUGUAUUUUCAUAGAAUAAAGGGAAAAUUCACAGCAAAAGCCAUUAUUCAUAUCACAAAACUAUUGAAUAAUUAUUAUUACAGUGGGUGAUCUGGAUGACUGUAUGAUAAAACUGACAUACCAACAUUAUAGGUGAAGAGUAGACUGUGAAUUGACCGAAUAUUCAGGCUUCUUCAUGCCUGAUGCUUUGCUUCUUUAGGAGGAUAGAGCUGCAAUGAAAGCACUUACUUUCCUAUACACCUCCUAUGUCAAUAUAUUAUGGUUGUAAACAUGUUACAGCUCUAAGGAUAUAAAUAAUGAGGUUUGGAAUAUUUUUAGAAAUGAUACAUGCUAAGGAUUAAAGCAGGAUUUUUGACCUUGAUGUUAGAAAGUUUCAGUUGUGAAUCAAGUUUCUAUAUAAUUGUCAGUGUGAGCACUUACGUUUGUUUUGGUUUGUUUCUAUCUCUUGCUUUAUGUGUUUAUGAGGUUGACAUUUCUUUGCUAAGUUGAGAGAAUCAACUCCUGACUUACCAUCUGACGGCAAUGGUUACACCUGUGGUUGAAGUGAACUGAACAACUGCUGGAUUAAUAUAAAAGCCUGUUUGGAUGAUUUCAAGCCACCAACCUUUUUGUUUGUUUUCUGAUUCCAUCAAAAAUAAAGUCUGAAAGUAGUUUAUGUAUGCCCAUUGUAGUGGUGAAAUUAGUACACACCCAAGUGCACUCACCUUUGGAGAUUUAAUGAAUGUAAAAUGUUUUAAUAAAAACAUUUCAUGCACAGCA